AUGGGAGCUCAGAGAGCAUUCACAGCGGCCGGAGGGAGGCGGGGUGCCCGUGAGACCCGCCCGUCCCAGGCUUCGGGCCUACAGGGACCGCCUCUCCGCGAGCUGCUCACACAGCCACGCCUUAAACUGACCCUCCGCGGCCGCCGUCAUCUCCAGCCCCGCCUCAGCGACUACUUAGACGUGAUUGCUCUAGCAGAUUCAGUCCAGGAAAACCAGGACAGGCUGCUGCAGUCAUUCGCCGGCCUGAAGAGUGCCACCCAUUUGCUGAUCCUGUUAAUCAGGCUGUGGCAGAGGCUGAGUGCUGACCAGACUGCUAUUCUGGAAGCAGCAUUUCUGCCACUACAGGAAGACACGCAGGAACUGGGCUGGGAAGAGACCGUGGAUGCCGCCGUUGCCCACCUUUUGAAAACCUGCCUGUCGAAGAGCUCCAAGGAGCAGGCUUUGAACCUCAGCAGCCAGCUGAGCGUGCCCAAAGACACCAGCCGGCUGAAGAAGCACAUCACCCUGCUGAAGCGACAGGCUGGCUAAAGGCGGGGCGCCUCUC